AUAUCGCCUGCCUUGCAGGCUGAGGAAAACUUCCGAUCCCGCUUUACGGUGCUCACUGUGUUUUUUUGGCUUGGACUUAUGUUUCUUUCCCGCCUUCCAGGGCUCCGCGGCCUUUUCGAUGGGGCGUGUUGUCCCCCAAAUUCAUCGCUGGGUCGCUUCGCUUCCUGCGGGUUCUUUGGGGUUGCUUCGGCGCGUGGCUCCUUCGGCGGUGGCGGGGUGCCCCAUCGCGGGCGCUCAUGCCCUUCCGGUGAAGACGGCUUCCCGGCGGGGUGCCCCAUCGCGGGCGCUCAUGCCCUUCCGGUGAAGACGGCUUCCCACUGGAAGCCUACGAUCAUCCAAAGGAUGAUCUAUCUCUGGCUGAUUCUGUAUAAAAUGCAUACAGGCCCUCCUCGCUUUGUAGCUGUGGAGCUGGCGGC